AUGAGUAUGGGUUAUACUUCAGUGUCUGCUCAAGUUAUGAGUAUCCCAAUCUUUGCAGUUGCUGGCGUCUUGUCUGUCUCUACAGGCCUGUUGGCAGAUCGCUUGAAGCAUCGUUUCGGCUUUGCCAUGCUUGGUUGCUUAAUCACAACUGUUGGAUUCGCUAUUUUGCUGUCCAUGAUGUCCGUUCCAGUAGGAGCACGCUAUUUUGCACUCUUCGCCAUUACCAGUGGUUCAUACAUAACUUUACCAAUCACGAUUGUUUGGCUGAGCAAUAACUUGGCUGGACACUACAAGAGAGCUGUUGGAAGCGCGAUGCAACUAGGCAUUGGUAAUGCAGGGGGAAUCAUCGCGGGAAAUAUUUUCCUACCCAAGCAGGCUCCAACUUACCCCGUCGGGUUCGGUGUGGGGCUAGCAUGUGUCUGGCUGUGUGGUUUGUCUUGUGCGGCAAUGCUUUUCAUUCUUAUGAGGGAGAAUAAAUUGAGGGAGACUGGCCAGAGGGACUACCGCCUGCAAGAGUCAGCAGAUGAAGUGCGAAACAUGGGCGACGAUCACCCAUCCUUUCGAUUCACAUACUAG